UCGGGGCCUGGCGUCUGUGGUUACCGCACGCACCCGCACUGAGCACAGAAUGAGGGUCGCGGCCCUGAUCAGUGGUGGGAAGGACAGCUGUUACAACAUGAUGCAGUGCAUUGCUGAGGGACAUCAGAUUGUUGCCUUAGCAAACCUAAGACCAGAUGAAAACCAAGUGGAGUCAGAUGAACUGGAUAGCUACAUGUAUCAGACAGUGGGUCACCAUGCCAUUGACUUGUAUGCUGAAGCAAUGGCUCUGCCCCUGUACCGCAGAACCAUCAGAGGAAAGAGCCUGGAAACAGGGAGAAUGUAUACCAAAUGUGAAGGUGAUGAGGUGGAAGAUCUCUAUGAACUAUUGAAACUCGUUAAGGAAAAAGAAGAAAUAGAAGGGGUAUCAGUAGGUGCUAUACUUUCUGACUAUCAACGUGUGCGAGUAGAAAAUGUAUGUAAACGACUAAGUCUCCAGCCUUUAGCUUACCUUUGGCAGAGAAACCAGGAAGAUUUGCUCCGAGAGAUGAUAGCAUCUAAUAUCAAGGCCAUUAUCAUCAAAGUAGCAGCUUUGGGCUUAGAUCCUGAUAAGCAUCUUGGGAAAACCCUGGUUGAAAUGGAGCCUUAUCUUUUAGAGCUUUCCAAGAAGUACGGUGUCCACAUGUGUGGAGAAGGUGGGGAGUAUGAGACAUUCACAUUGGACUGCCCUCUGUUCAAGAAGAGGAUCGUUGUGGACUCUUCAGAAGCAGUCAUCCACUCAGCUGAUGCAUUCGCACCUGUGGCUUAUCUGCGGCUCUCAGGGCUGCACUUGGAAGAGAAGGUGUCUUCAGUACCUGUGGAUGAUGAAACAACUAAUUAUAUACACAAUUCUUAACAUUUAUGCUGCAUUUUUAAAUUAUUAUGAUUUACUUUUUUAUUACAUUUUUUUACUUCUUCAAAAAAAUAUAUAUUGGAACCAUUAAAUAACUGGGAGAAUUUCAGUGAACUUUUCUCCAGUAUUGCCAAUUUCUUCAACUUACUUCCUUUUAAAAAAUAAUUUUUUUUAAUUCCUAUUAGAUUAUUAUUAUACCACCCCCACUUUCCACAACCCUACAAUAUACCCCUCCUUGCUCCUUUUCCAAUUUAUGGACACCAUUUUUAUUAGUAAUUUUAUAUACCUCUCUCUCUUUCUGUGUCUCUCUGUCUCUGCCCUCCUCUUUCUCUACACACACACACACACACACACACACAGACAGCUGGAUACCCAAUUGGUGUGCUCUUCCCCAUUAGCUUUCCCGUCCACUUUAGCAUAUCUGUCGAUACCCUCCUUGUUCAGCUCAUGUUUAGGGAGCCAUGUUGAUGAGACUUCAUGGGUGCAGCUCCUGAGACUCCAGGGAAGACCUAACUCUCUUCCUCACCUCUGGCUCUCACCAUCCUCUGGUUCCACUUUACUUUCAUGCUAUAACGAGUCUCAUGGCCUUUGUCUGGCAUGCCCCUGUAUUACCCUUUUAUUUCUCUCCAGCCCUCUUUGUCUAACAUUUCCUUGUCACACUUUUUCCUUCUCUGUCUUCUACACCCCAUGUCAUAAAGAAGAGGUAUCAGAAAAUGAAGAAGACUUUGAUCUAGACAAUCAAGCUCAUUGUAGUUGGGUGUCACCACAGUGAUUUACCUUUUUUGUGUUUUUAUGUAUUUAUUAUUCAAAUUGUUCAACAUCAUUGGAUAAUCAGAAAUGUUAUUAUAAAUGGAUGGUUAUUUUAUGAUUGAUUUUUUUAUUUUAAAUAUCAUUUAUGUAUAUAUCUUAUACAAUUUUUGAAAAACAGACUAUUUUUCUAGAAUAAUUUUAUGUUCACUAUAAAACUGAAUGGAAAAGCACAAAGUAUUCAUGCGUAUUUUCUGUUCCAUUGGAACACUGUCUGCCUCAUAUCAGCAUACUAUGCCAGAGAGGUAUUUGUAACUGAUAAACCCAUGUUUUUAGACCCUUAUCAAAGAUCCAUCUUUAAUCAGAAGUGGUGGUUCCCCUAUAAUUCCAGAACUUGAGGAUCAGUGUUGUGAGGCCUGGAUUAUUUUGUCUCCAAAACAGACAAAAAAAAAAGUCAUUGCAUUCCAUGGAAUUUAACAAAUGUUCAAAGAUGAAUAUGCAUCAUUACAGUCCUGUGACACAAUAGUUUUACUGUCUUAAGAAUCCUGUGUGCUCUAUCUAUUCAUCCUUCUGUCUGCUCUAGCCCCUGGCAACUACUGGUCUCUGUGCCCUCUAGUUUUGUAUUUUUCAGAAUAUCAUGUGGUGGUAGCAAUCUUUCACUUAUUAAUAUAUGUUUUGAUUCCCUCAUUUCAUUUUUUUAAA